GAGAGAGUGAGGGAGGUGGGCUGCCCACAUGGGUGAGGCCAUCUAUUGUCCUCCCAAAGUAACGACACGCCUGGCCUAACGGUUUUGCCAAGGCAAACGAGGUGAACCCACCCUUCCUCCUCGAGCCCACAUGGUGGGUGUUGUCGCUUUUCCAAUGGGAAUUUCUUUCUUUUGAGGAAGAGGAUAGGGAGCGCGACAAAGGAAAGAAGUGGCGAGCAUUGCUCUCCUCCUGCGCCCGCCUCGGGUCUCGCUGCCUCCCUCCCCUCUCGAUUCCCCCUCUCUCUCUCUCCGCUUAUAUCCUCCUCUUCUUCUCUCCAUCCACAUCCAUUGCCAUCCUCCUCCUCCUCCUACUACUGGAAUCCGUCGUCGAUCCGUAUACUAAACCACUCUCUUUGUUGCCCAAGUCUGCCAUCUUUAGUGGGACCCAUAGAGUCUCAGACUCCACCAUCCUUCCAUCCAUCUCUCUAUCGUUUUCUCUCUCUCUCUCUCUCUCUCUCGGUAAGAGAUGCUCUGCAAUGGAGAGAGGCUGGGCGUCCCCCCCACCCACGAAUGGCCACAGAGCAUGGGAGAGAGACUUCUAAUCCCCGGAAGAAACAACAGCAGCAGCAGCAGCACCAACAACAACAACAAUAACAACAACGCUCCCACCGCCUCCAACUGCAGCAACUCCCGUACCGGUACCAACAACAACAACAACAACAACAACAAGAUGAUCCAUGCUGCUGCUCCUGCCGCUAGGGUUAUGGAUAGGCCGGCGCAGGAGCAGCAGGCCGCCCUCAAAUGCCCCCGCUGCGACUCCUCCAAUACCAAGUUCUGCUACUACAACAAUUACAGCCUCUCCCAGCCCCGCCAUUUCUGCAAGGCCUGCAAGCGCUACUGGACCCGCGGCGGCACCCUCCGCAACGUCCCCGUCGGCGGUGGCUGCCGAAAGAACAAGCGCGUCAGAAAGCCGGCCUCCGCCGUAGUAGUCUCGGCCGCAUCCUCCGACACAAGACCGUCUCCUCUCAUGCCUCCGAUCGCUAACUCGAUUCCUCCCAUCUCCCUUCCUAAACCUGCUUCCCAUCUUGAUCCCAGCCUGUUCUAUUCCCUCCCUGCUGCACGUUCCUCUCUUCCUUCUGAUGUGGGUCUUGCCUUUCCGGGCCUUCGCCCCCGGCUCGAUCCGCCGUCCGUCCCGAAUAGCAUGUCCCUCCCGUGCACCGCCUUCGACCUCCAGCAUCCGCAGCUCAACUCGGUCGGCCUCGGAAUAUUCCCCUCCAGCCAGCGCGACGACGAAUUCAACCUUGCCCAGCUAUCUGUCAUGAACGACUACCCGCUGUUCGGAUCUGCCGCCGCCUCGCUUCUGGUUUCGAGCCUCAGGGAGCCGAAGAAGGUGGAGGACUACCAGGCCCUGAUGCCCUGCGAGGACCUGCAGGCCAGCUGCGCGGCGGCCAAUGGAAACCUGGACGUGAUCAAGGAAGUGAAGCAGGAAGGAGAGAUCACUGCAAUCAACAACAACAGGAUAGAAUGGCAAAUUCCCUGCGAGAAUUCCUUCGAUGCGAUCAGCUCGGCUGCCCUCGCCGGCGAUUCCUCCCUUCUUUAUUGGAAUGCAGCCAUAGGCGCUUGGCCUGAUUCUGCCAACUGUGGAUCGUCCGUCGCGCCUCUGAUCUAGUCCAAACCCAUCGGAAUUAGUAUCCAUUAUUCUCUUUCCUCGUCUUGCUUCUUUCCUUCUUGCCAGCUUACUCUAAUCUUUUUUCACUGCUAUCUCUAGUCACCUUAGUGGAUUUGCAGUAAAGGUAGUGGGUUGCUUGUUAACAGUCUUCUCUACCCACAUAUAUACUGUGUUCUUUGUCCUGGGGGCGUCGCGGCGGUUACAGUGGCAGGAGUACUGUGGAUCGGAGAGAUCAUGUCGGUUGCAAACGUCUCAAGCCCCGUGUUUUUUUUUUAAGUCAUUGUGGCCUCAAGAAGACCGUUUGCUCCGAGAGGAACCUCGGAUCCAUUCGGCUUAGUAUCUUCUCCGGCUCCGACAUUUUACAGUCGGAUGAUUUCCUUUUAGAUUGGAAGGAGAGCAAGAAGAUGAACGGUGGAGCUGGAGCAGUAAGUUGGUUUUCAUGUAUGUAUAUAAGCAUGGCAUACCUUAUCCUUUCUAAUGUAUUGGUUAUGAAGUGGUUGGUUUUCGUUGCAGCAUAGAGAUAAGGGUCUUCUUCUUCAUCAGAGGUGUGAUUUUACUGGUGUAGAAGCAAUUAGGGAACUAAUAAGCUUUUUAUUUCUUUCUUCUUUUUGGCUUUUGGUUGCUGGUAUAAUAAUUAUCUAGAAUGGGAUUUCUUUCCAAUAAUGUGGGUUGUUUCGUGUUUGGUGGUGUUCCUCUCAUUGCUUAGUGUUUUUCUUUGUUUUAUGAUUUAUAUUUAAGUAACUUGGAAUACUUCAACUUCAAACGUAUUUGGAGACUCAGGUAUCUCCAAUGGAUGUGUUUUUCUUUUCCCUUGACUGGUCCGUCCAAUGUAUGUGUUUUUCAGGUGGAAUCUGAAACUGGUUGCCAGUUCUUCAUGAUUGUUUCAGUUAUCUGUUUGCUUUAUUUAUGCAUCGGGCGGUGUGCCAUGUAUGUAACGCAGUAUAUAUAUUCGAGUUUGGGAUUUAUGAUCUAUUACUCAGGUUUUGUACUUAACCUAUUUUAAAAAUCUUUCUCCUGCUCUCAUCCACCCCCUCUGGUAGCAGUCGGAGAUUGCAGUCUUCUGUCAUGCCUGUCAAAUAAAGUGGCGUCCGUCCAUACGGUCUGUAAAUUUUUUCAGAUAUAAAAGUGAUUGGUGGGUGCACUAUUGA